GGGAAGUCCACGUUUGAAAUUCAGACCAAUACACAAACCUUAUUUACUUCCACCUCUUUCCUCUCCCCAUUGGACACAACUUGUUCGAACAGGGGAACACAAGAAGCACAACUUGUUGACCUUUGAGAUCUAUUUCUGAAUUUCAGACCCAGAUCAUAACAUCAGGAAGCUCAAAUCUUUUUUGGGUUUCCCUGUUCCAAACCUCCUGUAAGUUUCCCCCUUUCUCUCAGAUCUGAUUCGUUCGUUAUCAUAUAAUAUGGAUAGUAACUAUUCAGCUAUUCGCAAGAACUCAUAUUUAGAAUUGCAAUCUCAAUAUGACACUGGAAGCCCGAGACUUGCUUCCAAAUCCCAUGCAAGUUUCAACGCCUAUCAUGAGGAUGACUUCAUUAUAGAUGAUGGGGAUGAUUUUGAUGAUAAUCUUAAUUAUGAUGGUGGGAAUUAUCCCCUUGUUGUUGAUGGGUCUAAGCCUGAUGGGUCUGGAAUCUCCGGGGCGGUGUUUAAUCUCACCACUACCAUCAUUGGGGCUGGGAUUAUGGCUCUGCCUGCCACCAUGAAAGUCCUUGGUGUAGUUUGGGGGUUUAUUUUGAUAAUUUUGAUGGGUCUUUUGUCUGAAGUUAGUGUCGAAUUGUUGGUGAGGUUUUCGGUUUUGUCAAAGGCUUCAUCCUAUGGGGAGGUUGUGCAGUACGCAUUGGGAAGACCCGCGAGGAUAGUCUCGGAGAUUUGCAUCAUUGUCAACAAUGCAGGCGUGUUGGUGGUGUAUUUGAUCAUUAUGGGGGAUGUUAUGUCGGGUUCACUUCAUCAUAUGGGGGUUUUCGAUCAGUGGUUGGGGCAUGGAGUUUGGGAUCAUAGAAGGCUACUGAUUUUGUUUAUGUUGGUGGUUUUCUUAGCUCCCCUUUGUGCAUUAGACAAGAUUGAUUCUUUAAGCAUCACUUCAGCUGCUUCUGUAGCUCUUGCAGUUGUGUUUGUUGUCGUUGCUUGUGCUAUAGCUUUUAUUAAGCUUGCUGAAGGAAAAACAGACUCUCCUAGGAUGUCACCAGAUUUUGGGUCGAAGAAGGCCAUCUUAGAUUUGCUUGUGGUGAUUCCUAUCAUGACCAAUGCUUAUGUUUGCCAUUUUAAUGUUCAACCUAUAUAUAAUGAGCUUGAAGGACGGUCUCCUCAGAAGAUGAACCGGGUUGGAAGGAUCACAACUAUUCUUUGCAUUGUGGUCUAUUCUUUGACAGCCAUAUCUGGCUAUCUGCUCUUUGGAAAGGAUACAGAAUCUGAUGUGCUGACUAACUUUGAUAAGGACCUUGGGAUCCGUUACAGCUCAGCACUGAAUUACAUUGUCAGAGUUGGUUACAUUUUUCAUUUGCUUCUUGUAUUCCCUGUUGUACAUUUCUCGUUGAGACAAACUGUGGAUGCAUUGGUGUUUGAGGGAUCAGCACCACUAUCAGAGAGUAGAAAGAGGUGUCUUAUAUUAACGGUGGUCCUGCUGGCCCUUAUCUAUCUAGGAUCUACCAUGAUUCCCAACAUUUGGACAGCUUUCAAAUUUACAGGGGCAACAACAGCUGUGUCAUUGGGAUUUAUAUUCCCUUCUCUCAUUGCAAUUAAGUUAAGUCAGAAAGGGGAGGAUUUAAGCUUUGCAGAGAAGCUCGUGUCAUGGUUCAUGUUGGUAAUGGCAAUAUCAGUCAGCGUGGUUGGAGUAGUUGGGAAUAUUUAUAGCCUCAGUAGCAAAUCUGAAUGAUCCUUGCUGUUGAGAUUUGAAGUUUGCUUCUGCUUAUGAACAAAAUUGCUUCUGCUUAUGCAAAGAUUGUCGCAGGGAGAUAUGCCAGUGCUGCCUAGCUGAUACUUAACAGUCAAAUGCAAGUGAUUGUGAGUAGGCCCCUUGAUCAGGAAGUUAUAAGGUAGGAAGACAAAUCUGAAAAGGCUGGAAGGGUGGAUUGUUGUUCUGGUUUCAUUGCUAUUUAAUACUGAUAAGGAACUCAGAUAAGUAGUGUUAAUCAGUGCUCAAGGACUUUUUGAGAGGAAACUACAAAUAUUAGUCAUUUCUUCCACUUGUGGGUAUACAAUUGAUUUCAAAACUAUUCACAAAAGUGUUUCUUGGUCCCUUGUUCCUUCUUUCUCUUCAUUCUUCUUCUCCCACAUGAGAUGCUGUUGUAACUCUAUGAUCAGCAAUAUGCUGUUUUCUAAGUGAUACUUUGUUCUCACACUAGUUUGUAAUCCUCAAUUUUUGAUAAUACUAUGUUAUUACAC